AUGCCGAGGGGUCCCCGGGGUGGGGAGUCCCGUUCCCCGCCCGCCGGGCGCUCCCGGGCGGGGCCGCAGCGCUAUAGGGGCCGCAGCUCUAUAAGGGCCGGCGGCGGCGGCGGGGUCGGGAGCGCGAUGGGGCUCGGGAGUGGCGGCGCGGAGCUGCUCUUCCCCCCGCUCCUCCUCUUCUUCCUUCUCCUGCUCCUCUGCCUCGUCCUGCUGCUGCUGGGCUGCUCCCGGCCGCUGGUGCUGCGGCGCGGCCGCGGCCAGGUGGGCUACCUGCCGGGCUACCUGCCGGGCUACCUGCCGGGCUACCAGGCGACCCCCAGUCAGAGCCCCUGUCCCGGCCCCCGCCGCCCCCCCGGGGCCCUCCCGCCGCCGUUCCCGAACGGCUGGUACCGCCUGCUCGACUCGGCGCAGCUGCCCCGCGGCGCCGUGCGCGGGCUCGCCCUGCUCGGGAAACAUCUCGCCGUGUUUCGCUCCCAGGAUGGCCAAGCCCACGUGCUGGACGCCCACUGCCCUCACCUCGGGGCCAACCUCGCUGCCGGGGGACGGGUCCGGGGCGGCUGCAUCGAGUGCCCCUUCCACGGCUGGCAGUUCCGAGGAGAGGAUGGAAAAUGCACCAGAAUCCCGUAUGCUGGAAAAGUGCCGGAUUUUGCCAGGGUCCGGGUCUGGCCGUCCUGCGAGGUGAACGGGAUGGUGCUGGUCUGGUACCACUGCCAAGGGCUCGAUCCCACCUGGGCAGUGCCCGAGCAGCGCGAGAUCACCUCGGAGGAGUGGGUGUUCCGCGGGCAGACGGAGCACCUGGUGGACGCGCACAUCCAGGAAAUCCCUGAGAACGCGGCCGACACAGCUCACUUGGCUUUUCUCCACGGCCCAGCCAUUCUGGGAGGGUCUGACCUGAGAUACACGAGGUCCAGGCUGUGGGACUUCAUGAAGCACAUGUGGAAGGCAGAGUGGCAGCCAGAGCCCGAGCCCAACGCGCACUGCUCCCGGCUGCUGCUCCAACACUCCGCAACCAUCUUUGGGAAGCGCCUCUCCCUCAUGGAUCUGACGGUUUCAGCCAGGCAGGUGGGGCCAGGGCUGGUUUACCUGAUCUUUGAACACACGUUCCUGGGCCGUGGGAUCAUCCUGCAGACGGUGACUCCCCUGGAGCCUCUCCUGCAGAGUGUUGUUCACAAAAUCUACUACCAGAAGAACAUACCAGCCAUUGUUCCCAAGUUCAUCCUGAGGGCAGAGUGUGUCCAGUUUGAGCGGGAUAUAACCAUCUGGAACAACAAAGAGUACCUGUCCAAGCCACUCCUGGUGAGGGAGGACUCUGGGAUCCAGAGACACCGGCGCUGGUUCUCCCAGUUCUACAGCGAGGGGAGCGCAACGGCCCCCGCACGGGAGGAGGGCCUGGACUGGUGAGGACCUGG